GCGCUUGAAAAAGAAAAAGAAAAAUAAAAACCCACCCCCGAAUCGAGCGACUGCGUCUCCCACCCCAUCUGAAUCCGCUGCCUCGCCGCCGCCGGCCCGCAUCCUCAGCCGCGCCGUGCUGCCGUCCUCCCCGCACCCCGGCCUGCCUUCUCACCGCCGCGCCCUCCUCCCCGCGCCGUCCAAGUCCUCGCGCGGUUCGCCGACGCCGAGGCCCAGGCCGCCGCGCUCCGGGCCUGCACCGGCGGGCUCGAGCACGCGCCGCCGACCGCGACGGGCUGCUCAACACGCUCCGCGCCGCCACGUUAAACGGCCGGGAGGAGGAGGAGGACGCGCAGGAGGCAGGGCGGUGUCAGAAUCGCGCGCGUUGGAUCCGGCCGAUGGUUACGGCGACACGGGCGCGGAUGCUCUGGCCAAGGCCUCCGCGCUCUAUGCCCCGCCCCUGCUUGCCGAGCCCUGCCUCUCCGGAUCUCCAGCCAUGUAUGCUGCUGGGGACCUUGCAGGUCCAUGCUCGUCGGCGAGGGGGAGCGCAGACAGCAGCCUAGCCCGUCACCGUCAGUAACAUGGCAGUAGGCCUCUUCUCCCCUUCUCAGUUUACAGCAGCAUGCCACACUCUCAGGCUCCUGUCCCCCGUCGUUAGCACACCGAUUCAGAGGCAGAGGCUGACUUGCAGCUCGUGGACACAGAGGAGGAAGCCUAAGAUCAAUCUCAAAAGUUGUUAUCAUUGUUCUCAGCCAGCGAUGCAUAGGGGAAUUGUUUGUUCAUCUAUGUGUUAAAAUCUGGACCUCUUCAUCAACGACUUCAACAAGGAUGAGAUCAAGCUGUGUCUGCUGCUCUGUCCACCACAACAAUUUUGGAAUGCAUUAACUUUUAUCUGCCCAGGUUGAAUCCUUCAUUCCUCAUUCUCAUCCUAAUUUCUUGAUGUUGGGCAAGACACUCCAGAUGAGUUGCUAACAUCAAAAGGCUUCAGUUCUAACUAGAAGAAAUUUUGCUUAGGAAUAUUUUAUCAGUUUUGUGGUCAAUUAAUCAACUGGUGUUACAAUAAAAGCAAGAAAGUGAUGCAAGUUCUUUGGGAUAUAUGCACUGGAAAAUAUAUGAACACUGUUGGCCCAAAAUCACAGGGCCCCACUAAAUUGUUGGCCAUUUGGCCUCAUGAUUUUAAUGAUAAUCGUUCUACCAUGAAUUUUGUCUUCCGCUAGCAUUUCAACAGUACUGUGUGCUGUAGCAGUAUACAUCUGAAAGAGUUUCCUCCUAUGCCAUGGAUCCGGUGUAGCGCUCCAGUGAGAAAUAAUCAAUGGUGUACUUAUCCCCUUUACAUGUUCUUUAUUUACAUUUUUUACAUUGAAUUCUAAGCUAAGUGCUUAGUCUUUUGUUACUUGCAGCCUUGCAGGCAGGAACAUGAGCAUGCAUAUCUGGGAGUUCCGAAGAAGGCGUUGACCCCAUUAUAUAUAUUGCUGCUCUCUGCCAGAAACCAAACAAAUAACACUUCUAUGAUGCUGCUCACUGAUUGAUACUAAAUACGAGUAUAUGGCUUGUUCUCGAGGAUAGUUAUCACUUUUUGAUUCAUAUGGAAUUUGAGGAUAUGGAUGACACUGGUUUGUUUCUUUCACUACUAAAAUUCUGUCCACCAUUAGCUUACGGGCAAUGCUCCAGAUCCACACGAACAUGCCCGAGUAAAUGCUCUUUAUGAUUCCAUGUUCUUAUGUAAUAAGACUUGAUGUGUUUUAUCUUCCAAUAAUUCAGACACGGGCCUUCCACAACUUGAUACAAGCUGCUGACCAGAGUUAGAGGGUUAGGUUUGAUAUUAUUAUUUGUUGUAUGACUAUUUGUUCUCAUUAUGGCACACCUUAUUUAUCUUUUAUUCAGUUACAUAGCUUGCCUGUAUUACUUGAGACAUAAUUAUACCGCGUACAUUUAGUGGAUACUAUUGUUGAGUAAAAACGAAAUUCGUACUUCAAAUUACAUACUGGAUUUAGAUUGUUUCCUUAGAAACCAAGAGUUCUUUUUUUGAUGAAAAUGCCAGAUUGGCUUUUCAUUCAUGAAGAAGGGGUGUAGUACAAGGUGUUUCUCAAAAAUACAGGGUAGUAGAGCUGCAUACGAACUGUAUGCAGGAAACAUACAGUGGAAUAUAACUAAAGCAUCUCUAAUCUGCCUCCCUUGGUUUUUGAAUCAGCUGGUUAAAACCCAAGAUAUCAUUUGCGGUUCCCAGUAGUUGUUUACUAGAGGUAUCCACAAUCCUUUAGAAAUUAGAAGUGAUAGGAAAAAAAAGUGGAACUGAACUGAAGCUAUUUCCGUUAGUAUUGUCUACGUCUCCUUGACCUUUCACGGGAAUCUGAUGUAACCAUCCUGCAACCUGCAAAUACUAUAGAUGAUAUGCAGAGAAGAUUUCAAUAUUACUUAUUACUGCCUUAGUACCAUGCCUUUCUUCUCUACAUAAAUCAUUUAUAAAGCUGUAGGAGGAGCUCAGCUUACAUAUAUGAAUAUCCGACUAAUUGCCUCACCACUAAUUAGUUGCCACACUGCAACUACUGACAGUGGAUACUGACAUCUUAUUCUCCUGGUAGAGUUCAAAACAACAUGAAUCAAGCUGAUGAAAUUCAGUUGUAUUUUUUUCUUUUCCGACCAUGUAAUUUUUUUAACUGCUCUGAAGGUCCUCUCAUAUAUAAUUAAGCUCACACACAAAUGUCCUUGUACGUACUAUAGAAUCAUAUAGCUGACAAUAUUGAACUUUUCUGUUGUAGUAAGAAUAUCAAGCAUUAUUUUGUCAUUGGUGUUUCAGUUUGUCGGUUACAGGUAUAUCAUUCCAAUAUUCAUACUAUAGAAGUUGUUGUCAGGGAGUGCGAGAGGGGUAGCAGAGUGGCCAGUGAGGGGAGCACCAUCACGGGAGCUGUGUUAAUAGAAGGCAACGUCGAGAAGAUGUCGACAACCUCCGUGGAUGAGCGGUGGUUGUGAGAGUUUGCCGAGGAAGGCCUACUCGAUCAUGGAGUGGCUAUCGCUGCAGAAGGCGACGCUAGCAAUAGAGACAGCCAUCCAUUUGUGCCACCAUCAAUAACAACGUUGUAACAAGCAUGGCUCUGCACUGGUUGCUGAAGCAGUAGAGUGGCUUAUGUCAUGUAGGCAACUGGUGGCUACAAGGAUCCGUACGUAAACAUGGUAUGUGAAAUUUGUGCUACACAGGAAUGGAAAUGCCAAUUUACAAAAUAUAAUAUGCAUGUUUGGUUGAUGAUUACUUGGGGUAGCCGAAUAGAACUUGGAACCAGUAUAACUUAAGUGUGGCUAUGAAAAUUUUAGAUGGAGUUGGUGGUUUGGUACCUAUUGGAGUAACAAAUUCCAGUUACCCAGUAGAAAGCAAGGUGAAUCGGAAAUCAAUUAUUAAAUCUGCUUUAUAGGCUUUGCUAAAGAGAGAAACUGAGAGCUACUAAUAUCCUGGUUUCAUUGAAGCUUAUUAGCGUCUUGAAUCCCGAUUUGGACAAGAACUCCCCCAUGAUCCUUGAAUCCCUGUAAAGCAGCAUUGUGCAUUGCUAUUGGAUGACGUUGUGGGUUGUGGGCAUAGAGUGGAGGUUGCAUCACAUGAUCAACGUUGUGUCAAAGGACUUGCAUGGGCCACAGGGAUGUGGUGGUGUUCAUAGUGGGCAACGUUUGUUUUCAUGUAAGUUAUGGUCGAUGUAAGAUAGGUAGUGGAUGGGCAUGUCAUAAGUUUUUUCUCCCGUUGCAACGCACGGGCAUAUUUCCUAGUAACGUUUAAGCAAUAAAGUGUGUCAACGUUACCACCUUUGCCUCCGGCUCGUCCACUUAUGGCUGCUUGCGCGCGCUUGACCACUGCGUGGAUGACCGGUUUGACUCCUUGUGUUUACGCUUCCUCUCCUUCUCGGUGCAUCUAGCCGGUAGCGUCAUGGGUGUAGGCGAGGCGGGCAGCGUGUCCGGUGCGUGUGGCUGGUGCCUCGGGCGCCAUGAGGGGAGGAGAGGAGAAUGUCAUGUAAAAGAAUAGGAGCGGAGGCGGAGGAGCGGUCUCACCCCGGGCGGUGGCGGCUGGGGAAAUGGGACGAGGGAGAGAGAGGAAAUUAAUGGUGUGGCCUAUUUUUAAGAGAACUAACAGUUGAAUCCUGCUUGUCUUGUAGGCCAAUAUAAUCCGGUUGACUUUUGUACCAUGUCGUCCAUGACAAAUAGACCAGGCACGUUAGAAUCGGGGUCAAAUUUGACUUAAUCGGUCAUUACUGCAGUGAUCUAGACGCUCUUAUGCUAUUUCUUAACGGAGGAAGUAGUUUUUUGUGACGAAUAAUCGUAAAGAUGAUAAAUUUGGCUUGAACCAUGAUCAUUUUGUUCUAUCUGUUCCGAUCAUGGCCUAGUCUGUGUACCCGAUUCCGUACUAGCUAAGGAUUCAUCCCCGGGUACAAAUCGGAAUUGCUCGAUCUACUCUCCUUCUCCCGUUCUCCGUCUACCCAAAUCCACACUAGGAUUCCUCGCCGACUACAGAUCAGUAUCGGCGUGUCCCCGUUCAAUAUAAGCAUCAGAGGAAGCGCCUGCGUCGGUGCACACAGCAAGCGAUUCCGGUGUCGAUCGUUCAGGAGGAGCAGAGGAGACACGCACGUAUCAGCCACCCGAUUAGAGACAAGCGCUCGAGCAUGGCCAUGGCCGUGGACGAGCAGCCGUCGCACCCGUACCACCGCUGGGGCCUGCCCCUCGAGAGCGGCACGGGGCACAGGUUAACCCCGAGGGCUAACGAGCCCAUCUACGUCACGGACGUCUUCCUCGUCGACGCGGAGAGCGCCGGCCGCCAGGGUGCCGUGGCCGCCUGCGUCGAGAUCGGCACGCGGGACCUCCUGCUCGGGCUGGUGUCGGCGGAGAACCCCCACGUGGAGCUGCAGACCCCGGUGAUGCUGGACGAGGAGUUUCGCUUUUACGUCAUGGGGCCCGGAGACGACGCCAACGCCGAUGCCGGCACAGGCGCAGACACUGAAGACGAUGCCGACGCCGACGCCGACGCGGCAGUCGUCAUGUUCGAGGGUUUUCUUGUCACAAACACGGAGGAGGAGGCUGCCGACGACAAGGAUGAGGAGUACGAGGAGAGGGAGGAGACCUACGGCGAGCUCGACCGAUACGUGCCCAGGGCGAGCAGUGCCGGCGGCAUCUCCAAGGACGCUCGGCAGGUUGUAGCCAUAACUAUAGCAUUCUUAGGAAUUCUGGUGUCUGUCUCUAUGUUAGCAUCCCUCGGAUUGAUAAAGUAAUGGCGAACUCAUCUAUGGUUGAACUGCGCCGUCACUCACUCAUACAGUAUUUGAUUUGAAGAUGCAUCCGUGACUAAUCAUUGUGUUUUACCAAAAAGGGGCAAGUGUUACGCACUAAUGCUUGAUCACUAUUAUUGCAUUUUAUUCUAUUUUGCUUUAUGGUAGGUGAACUGCCACAAGUUGAA